GUCCUCUCCUCAGAAAAUUAAACAUUUCUUUUUUUUUAAAAAGCCCUUGGGCGUUAAAUACAACUUUGUUGGCAAUAGAUCAACGUAAAAAAUAGAGAGACAAGAGACAAUGAGUUCCGGAAUUGCACGUGGUCGUUUAAUGGAAGAACGUAAAUCGUGGCGUAAAGACCACCCUCAUGGUUUUUGGGCACGGCCUGGUAAGCUUCCAGAUAACACACUCGACCUCAUGCAAUGGACAUGUGGCAUUCCUGGUAAAGAAAAUACUCCAUGGGAACAUGGGGUGUACAAGAUCACCAUGAUUUUUCCUGAAGAAUACCCAAGCAAACCACCAAAAUGCAAGUUUACUCCACCACUGUUUCAUCCCAACGUUUAUCCAUCAGGCACUGUAUGUCUUUCCAUUCUGAAUGAAGAUGAAGGAUGGAAGCCAGCAAUUACUUUGCGACAGAUCCUUUUGGGCAUCCAAGAUCUACUGAAUGAUCCCAAUCCGGACAGUCCUGCACAGCAAGAUGCUUAUAUGCUUUUCAGAAAGGAUAAGGUUGAAUAUGAGCGACGGGUUCGCGAACAAGCAGCAAAGAACCGAGCGUAGAAGCAGCAGCAGUCCAGUACUAGUCAAAAUACAUUCAUACAUACAUAUAAACAUAUACUUCAGCGUAUAUUCUUGUGCAUUUUUACCUCAAAAACAUAUCAAUAAACGAAAAACAGAGAAACAACAACACAACGU